CUGCCCCCGCCAGGCUCCACCCCGGGCGGUGCGGGAUAAAACUUGGGGCACCUCCCCGGCAGCUCCGCGUCAGGGCUGCGCUCGGACCGGCUCCAGCGCUCGGGAGGGGGCACGGCACCGCACAGCACCGCGACUCCCCCCCCUCCCCAACCCCCCGCCGGGGAAGUUUCUGGGGGUCUCUUUCUCCCUUCCUGCCGCCGGAGGCAGCGGAGCUCCAGCCGCGCCGGGGAACCGCGGGGGCAGCGCUCCGGGCUCGGUCGGCGGAUGGACCCGCAGCCCGGCGCCAGGAGCUGCAGCCGCGGGGCUCCCGCCUGCGAGGUGGUCCCGAACGAGCCCCCCAUGAACCUCUACAUCAACACCACCACCGGGACCCGCUAUGAGCUCUCCGUGCCCGCCGAGGAGACGGUGGAGGGGCUGAAGCGGCGGCUGUCCCAGCGGCUCAAGGUGCCCAAGGAGCGGCUGGCUCUGCUGCACAAAGAGAGCCGACUCAGUUCUGGAAAACUGCAGGACCUGGGGGUCGUGGAAGGAAGCAAGCUGACGCUGGUGCCCACCGUGGAGGCCGGCUUGAUGUCCCAGGCAUCCAGGCCAGAACAGUCGGUGAUGCAAGCUCUGGAAAGCUUAACUGAAACUCAGGUCAACGACUUCUUGUCGGGACGGUCCCCGCUGACCCUGGCCCUGCGCGUGGGCGACCAUAUGAUGUUCGUGCAGCUCCAGCUGGCGGCUCAGCAGAGCAGCGGGCAGCUCCAGCACCGGCACGUCAUCGCCAGCCGGGGCGAAGCUGGUGCCACCGCCAGCCCCCACUGCCGGACGCUGCAUGGCAGCGCCGGCUCCGGCUUUGCCCGCAUCCCUGUGGUGCCCGCGUGCCAGCAGAACCCGGCCCCCAGCCCUGCGCCCUCCGCGCCGGCACCCCCCAUGUACUGUAAUGCCCCCCACCCCGCUCCCGUCACUGCUGGGAUGUUCCGGUCGCACGGGGCCAGCACGCAGACGGUGAACAGCAGCGUGGUCUCCUCCUGCUCAGAGGUGGACUGCGGCACCCGCAGCAGCAGCUCCCCCGGCAGCAGUCCUGCCCCCACGGCCCGAUCCCGCAAACCCGGUGCGGUCAUCGAGAGCUUCGUCAACCACGCGCCUGGGGUCUUCUCAGGGACCUUCUCCGGCACUUUGCACCCCAACUGCCAGGACAGCAGCGGGCGGCCGCGGCGGGACAUCGGCACCAUCCUGCAGAUCCUGAACGACCUCCUCAGCGCCACGCGACACUACCAGGGCAUGCCCCAGUCCCUGACGCAGCUCCGCUGCCAGACGCAGUUCUCCUCCUCCUCCUCCUCCUCGCCCCCCGCCUCCCCGGACCUCGCCACCAAAACUACCUCAGAGCCACUGCCAGCGGCCACGGCCUCCCCCCCCCUGCACCCCGUCGUCCAGUGCCAAAGCCAGAUCCGGAUGUGCAAGCCCAGCGGGGACCGCUUGCGGCAGACGGAGAACCGGGCGACGCGCUGCAAGGUGGAGCGGCUGCAGCUGCUGAUGCAGCAGAAGCGGCUGCGCCGGAAGGCUCGCCGGGACGCCCGUGCCCCCUACCACUGGCUGCCGAACCGCAAGUCCAGCCGGACCAACAGCAACAGCAGCGUCUCCAGCGAGGGCAGCCUGGACCUGGACUUCGAGGACUCGGUGUGGAAGCCGGAGGUCAAGGCGGACAUGAAAUCGGAGUUUGUCGUAGCAUAGAGCCGUGCCUGGGGGGGGGCCCCCUGGGCCGCGGACUCUGCCGGGGUGGGGGGGGGGCCCUGCUCCCGCCGCCCCGGCUGGCGGUGGUGUCAUUUCUGUUGUCAUGGGCCAGAUCUCCUCUAGAUUUGCCAUCUCCUGCGACCGGACGCCUCGGGGGCCGACCCUGCCCGCGCCAGGGGAAGCGUUUCACUGGGGGGGGGGGGGCGGCAGCGGG